ACAAAUAAAUAUAAAUCCACUUUGUACAUUGUUCUAUAGAAUUUCCGUAUGUCUUAAUUAUUUUCUCUGUUCCCUUCUUAAAUCUGUCUAAGACAAUUCACAACAGCAAGCAAAAUGAAAGGUUUAUGGGUAGGGUUGCAAGGGUUGAGCCCUGUUCUGCUAAUGGUGGCGGUUCAGAUUGUUUAUGCUUCUGCAAAUGUUCUCUACAAGGUUGUCUUAAACGAUGGAAUGAGCGUUAGUGUAAUCACUGCCUAUCGCCUCAUGUUCGGUGCUGCUUGCACUAUUCUUCUUUCUCUUAUUUUUGAAAGAAAGAACAGGCCAAAGCUGACAUGGAGGGUGCUUUUCAUGACAUUUCUUUCCGGCCUAUUUGGAGGGACUCUAUUCCAAAACCUCUUUGUCAAUGCUAUCUCUCUGAUAUCAGCAACAUUUGCUACUGCCAUUUAUAAUCUCGUUCCUGGAAUCACAUUUAUGUUGGGCAUCUUUUUCGGCUUCGAACAGUUAAACAUAGGAAGAGCAGCAGGGCAGGUGAAGUUGUUGGGAACAAUAGUUGGAAUUGGUGGAUCAAUGCUGCUGACAUUUUUCAAAGGGGCAGAAAUUCACAUUUGGACCUCCCACAUUAAUCUUUUGCAUCAAAAUCAAAAUGGCCACGGAGGAACACAGAAUGUUGACACUAGAACAAAAACAAUCGGUGUUUUAUGUGGUAUUGGAAGCUGCAUAAGCUUUUCAUUCUGGCUCAUCAUCCAGGCUAAGAUUGCUAAAGAAUAUCCAAGACAAUACACAAGCACGGCCUUGAUGACCUUAAUGGCGGCAAUACAAUGUACUGUCUUCGCCCUUUGGGUUGAGAAGGAUUGGAGCCAAUGGAAGUUAGGUUGGAGUCUUAGGCUUCUAACCGCAACUUACUCGGGAAUUAUGUCCUCUGGAGUGGUGUAUGUUGCCACUGCAUGGUGUGUACGGGUGAGAGGUCCCAUGUUUGCAUCUGUUUUCAACCCUCUUACCCUUAUUAUUGUGGCUAUUGGUAGUUCCCUGGUUUUGAAUGAGAAGAUAUACUUAGGAAGUGUUAUCGGAGGAGUGCUAAUUGUGUGUGGCUUGUACAUGGUGCUUUGGGGUAAGAGUAAAGAAACAAAAAAGAGGAAGGACUUGGUGUCAGAAAAUACCCAAGAAGUUGAAGCUACUGAUGUUGUUUCCAUACAUCAUGGCAAUUGUGACACCAGCAACAAUAGCUGCACCAAUAGUAAGAGCAAUAAUAAUGUUGUUUCAAAGUUUCACGAUGAAUCUUCUAAAAGUGAGCAUCAACCAAAUGGCAUUGACAAUGAGGGGGCACAAGAUGUAAUGGCUUCAGGGGAAAUCUCUAGAGAGGAUACAGAAGGCUCAGGACUAUCAGCACCUUUUGGAAUUGAACAAAAUCUGCAUAAACCUGCUGCUUAAAUCCUAAAAUUUAAUCUUGUGAGUUUUGAAUAACUUAUUUGAAGUCAUGGCAUAAACAUUCGUGCAAGUGUUGGUUAAGCGUAUAAAGAUAGUUUAUCUUGCAUUUGUAAAUUCUUUUUACUUUAUUUUUAUUUAUUUUCCUAGAUUACCUUAUAAAUUAAGGGCUAGACAGAUGUGAGUUAAUUUUUGUAAUAAUAUAAAUAAAGAGAAAUUCAAUCCU